CCGGUAUUGAGCUUUCGCAAUGGAAGACUCGCAAGCCCCCACAGUGCUUGGAGAUCUUUUCUAUGAUGACCCAUUCCAACUCUCCCAGGCCCUCAGGCAACGGGCCUGCAGCGACAAGCCAUUCCACUUCACCACAUCGACCGAGAGCCAUCACUCGGGCAAUCGCGUUCCUUCCACCUUGGCCCUGGGCCAUUCCCCGGAUCACGCCUCUCUGCACCUGCCGCCCGUUGCGCUUUCCCCGUUCAAUCGCGCUCUUUCCCCACGACGCGCCGCGACCGCAAAACAUGUCAAACCUGCCCUACCCAAACAUCACAGCGCGCCGACUUCCACUGGCAACAUAAAAGAAGAGAACUGGGCUUUCAAGAUGCACCAGAGUUUCAAUAUGAUGGACGCGCCGGGGGACACUCAGCCGGAUAGUCAGAUGCUGAAGACAUGGACGAGUGGCAUAUACACAAGCGAGGGCAGAGAGUUCAACGCCCCCAAGUCGCUCUUCCUUGACCAUUCGGACGACGACAAUGGCGAAGACCUGCCUACAGACGAGAUGGAUACGGCCGCAUCCAGCCAAGACGAGCACAUGCCGACACCCACCAGCCCUACCGUAGUCGAUGCCGAUGAAGCUGCAGAUGCGCAGAACAGCAUGGCGCCCACGAGCCCACUCAAGUUUCAAACACCGGCAUUAGCAAAUAGAAAUAGGGGCAGCUCCAGCUCAGCUAUGCACAUCAAUACCACACCCGCUACCGCUGCCUCUCCCUCAAUGUUCUUUCCAGCGUUUGGCAAUGGAGGUGAUGGCGGCUUACAGCAUAUCUCUCUCACACAAGCCUUCAACAAUACCCAGGCGCCUACCUCGCCUGCAGUGGGCGGUGUCACCGAGGAUGUCGUAUUCACACGCCCUUCGCCCAAUUUCAGCCACUUGCGACACUCCAGUCCAAUUCCCGCCUACUCCAGUCCUAUCAAAGCCAUACAGCCCGACACUCCGAAAUCAGAUCCUAUCGCGCGGUCGUCCAGCGAGCCACGAGCCGAUUAUGUCACGGUGAAGCAGUCCCAAGAGAGGAGGAAGAACUCUGUCGGAGACGACCACAGCAUGAGUAUAGAGCAGGAUAGCUGGCAAGAGCUUAGCAGGAAAGUGAAGGCGCAAAAGGCAAAGGAGCAUGCCCACCGCCGGGCCGCUAGCUCCCUAUCACACAUCUCAGUACCCACACCAUUAGUACCGCGAUCCGGGAGGAGGGGCGUGGCAGACGUCAGUUUACCAUCGCCUCUCAAGUCGAAGAGUGGGAGAAGUGGCGUACACGGCGAGUCCCAUAACGAUGAUGAUGAUGACGACGACGAGACAAUGGACGAGGCGUCGCAAACCAUUGCGGUGAAUGGAGUAAAUGAGCACAAUACCGAACAAUACCCCAACGAUCCGUCGCAGAACGCGAUUCACGCCACACGGACUACCGUGAGACGCAAUAGCAAUGACAAUAGUGUGCAGGUUCCUAAGACUUCUUCGCACCCCUAUCGCACCCCCUCAGGUCACCCGUCACGGAAUUCCACCCAGCAAGGAAUUUCCUCCUCGCAGCUGCAACGCGAAUCACAACAACACAACUCAGAAGUGCAGCAGCAUCUGCGGGAGAUAAAUCGACCUCAUAGCAGCAGGGAGUCUGUCGCUGUCAUGGACUCGCAACCAGAUGCGACUGCAGACUUCGAUAGUGUACCACGACCAAAAUCGCUGCGCUUCCCAUCGUCACCAUCGAUGAACCAAUAUAGCAUCAAUCAGACUACCAUGGCUACCAAGACGGGGUAUACAAGUCAAGUCAUCUCUUCGUCAAUGCCUCCAAUGCCACCCAAGUCUAGUACAGAUGAAGAUAAGACUCCUGACGGCGAAGAGCGCGUACCGAGCAGCCCUCCCCUCUUGAGACCCGACGAUGAGCGAGUCGAGGAAGACGAUCUGGAGUACGACGAGCACACCUAUGAUGAGUACGCGGAGGGAGUGGCUGAGCGGGACACUGCGACACCGACCCUUGACGAAGAUACAGUCAUGGAGGAUGAUGACGAGCUACCGCUUGCGGAACAAGAUUUCGAACACAAGGCUUCCAUAGAGCACCACGGUGAAGAUUUGGAUAAGGAACUAGAUGUCACCGAACCCAGCAAAGUGCAUCCAGAGACUGGACGUGGAGAUCCAGAGACGUUCGAACAAGGUCAGCUUGUGGAAGACGUCCGCGACCGCUACCCGUCACAGCAUAACGAGAUGAAAAGGCCACCCAAACCACCGAGCAUGCGACGUCAGAAUACUGUUCCAGAGACUGAUGCUCUCGACGAGACACAGCCCUCCCUCUUUUCUGACAAGGGUCCUACUGAUGUUGCGGAGGACGGAACCACUGCACCGCAUGACAUCAACAGCACAGAGGCGUCCCACAUCGCUCAAGAAGAGCGCUUUAGAUCUGAGUCAAACAAGCUGGCACCUGUCAGCUCCAGAGGCAAUGAAAGCGAUGUGAUCCGGGGAGACAACCGUAUCCAUUCUAUUGAUGAUAUCUACAAUCUUCCCGAAACACAGCAGUCAGCAGCAGAGGACGAAGUUGAAAUGCCGCGACUCAGUGGUCUCGAAGAUGAUGACGAUGCUUUUGUAGCUCCAAUCUCACCAGCUCCCCUAUCAACGAAGAGGCGCAAGGUUACGUAUGCCGCCAGGCGCAACGCCCCUCACAGUCCACCGAAAGCGACGACAGACACAGAGUCACUUUCGGACCCGCCUCCGUCACCCCGUCUCGAACAAAUACAGCAAGCGCUUGAGGAUACUCCACCAACUGCAUCAGUCCUCGCACGAGAAGACCAAGGUGCUAUUGCCGCCACGCGUGAAAGAGAAGCGGCACAAGCUCCGUACAAACGGAUGACGACACUAAAAUCAAAGGUCCUACCAAAAUCUAGCAGGUCUAAGAAAGAGAGACAGGGUGCUCUUAAAACGGUGUCUAGAGAAGUCUUACAGAGCUUGUCUUCACCAGCAAAUUCCCCGGCGAAACCAAAAGCUUCUUUUGGCGUUCGGAAGAGCACUCCACUUACGCCUACGAAGCAUCGGGCCAUCGUCUCCGACAAAUCAGCCGAUGUCGAGAUGCUCGAUGCUGAUAGGGGGCCAGACGAGCCCGUUAGUUCCGUACCACAUUCAAGCAACGUCGAAAGACCACAUGAGGACAUACCGCAACGGGCUGUAACCCCACCAGGGGAAGUCAUUGUACCAAACCGAGUGUUCGCUUCCUGGCCAGGGAGCCAUUAUUACCCUGCCACAUGCAUUGGCCGUGCAACUGCCCGCCAGUUGCAGAUACGCUACGAUGAUGGUAACACCACGUCAAUGGAUACAGUUCAUGUUCGGGCAUUAGAUCUCCGCCGGGGUGAUCAUGUCAAGGUGGACGAGACUGGCAUGAAGAAGAACACUUAUGUUGUUGUCGGUUUCAAGGAUAGAAUCGACGAUCUCGGUGGUGAGGAGUUCCCCACUACUGAUCAACGUGGAAACACCACUAUAGUUCUUGAGGAGCGACCCAGGGAGAGCUUGUCGAGAGGCAGAGCAAUGCAGUCAGCUGAGCACAUCUCGGUGCCCAUGGCUAGCAUCUACCUGACAGCUGGCCUUUGGAAACGACUUCGCGAUCGACCUUUCAACUUCUCUCCGCUCAUCUCACCCGCCAAGUCAGCUUCUCACAUUGGCACUCCUAUUACCGAUCCCUUUACAACGCCUUCUUUCACCCGGCGAGGAACGGCAGUACCGUCACUACUGAAGGACGUUACCACACGCGCAGCCUCAGUAGCAUCUACUACUCGAUCCGGCAGUGGUGUCUUCACGAACAUGGCUUUUGUCCUGACUUCCACCGCAGCAGACGUUGACAAGGAGGUUGUUGCUAAACAAAUUAAGAGCAAUGGCGGACAGGUCUUGGAACAAGGUUUUCACGAGCUGUUUGAGAGUGAGCCAGCGGAAGCACCAACAUCGUCCCAGAACCGCCGUAGGUCAGCCUCUAUCAUCGAAGGGUCAGUUGGACUGGUGCUCAAACAAGCAUACAAAGAUCUGGGCUUCGUCGCUCUUAUCUCGGACUCGCAUUCUCGCAGCACAAAAUACAUCCAAGCACUUGCGCUCAACGUCCCAUGUCUGCAUAUGCGCUGGAUUCACGACUCACUCAAUGCGUCGCGCGCUGCACCAUUCAUGCGGUAUCUUCUACCCGCUGGCGUGUCCAAAUUCCUCGAUCCAAAUGGUGUUGUACGGUCACGCACAAUGACUUCCUACGACCCCGCUGGCGAAGAUCUCACUUUCGCUCAAACCAUCCAGGGUCGUGACUUUCUUUUCCAAGACCAGAAUGUCCUCCUCGUCACCGGCAAAUCCAAGAAAGAAAUCGAAAAGCGACAACCAUUUGUCUUCCUCUCCCACGCUCUUGGCUCUGCCACGGUCGGUCGCUGUGCCGAUCUCGGCACCGCAUCCGAUAUGCUCACCAAUGGCAAGUGGGAUUGGGUGUAUGUGGACAACGGAGAAGGCGGUGUCGCCGAAGCUGCUGCUACUCUCUUUGGUACCGAGAAGCCUAUUGCGAGUGGCAAGACAAAGAAGGGCAAGAAGAGAAAGAGAGACGACGCUGAGGUACACGAAGAGCUCCUUGUCAAAGGAGAAGUUGGUGGGAAUAAGAUCAAGAUUACAUGUGCGGAGUUUGUCAUUCAGAGUUUGAUCUUGGGUGCGCUCAUCGAGGAGUAAGCAUCUUUUCUUAUUCUUUUGGUUCUUUUCUAUGGGUACGGUGUUUAUGAUACACGCAUGUAGCACGAAGAUAUGUGCAAAAGGCGUUUUCGGGUUCAUGUACCAUCACCAUCUUUUGCUUUUUCGUACCACAUAGUGUGGCGUCAAGUCAGCUUCUGUUUCUUUUUCUUCGUCAACUUCACAAAGUGUCGUUCAGCUGGUAUAGCAUAGUAUGAACACUUUCAUCGCCCUUUCGGUGCUUAGGAUGUCUCGCAAAUGACCAGCAUUUUGUUCAUCGGCAUACUUUACCUCCAC